CUGCCACUUCAUUCUGAUUGUAUUUGUAGCAUCUGGGCUGCCCUUGGGCUUAAGCCUGGAUUCUGCUGCCCAUUGCUGCAUGGGUAAGGCCCAGGCCCAGGGACUGCAAACUGAGCUGGCUGAGAAGUAACAAGUGCUGCUGGCUCGUGUGAGUGUGUGUGUGUGUGUGUGCACACGCAAGUGCUGAAGCCAGACCUCUGCAAGAGCAGUUAGUCAUGUUAACUCCUAAGCCUUCGCUCCAGUUUGCCACCCCUAAGACAAGGCUUCUCAGGGUGGGGCAGAUGUGUCAGAAGUCAAGAGUGUUUGUUGCUCUUGCUGAGGACCCAGGUUCGAAUCCCAUCACCCACACAGUGGCUCACAACCACCCAUAACUCCAGUUCCAGGGGAUCCAAUGACGUGCUCUGACCACACAUAAAUGCAAGCAAAACCUUCAUACGCAUAAAAGGCGAUAAAAAGAUCAGGUCUCAUUAUGUAGCUCAGGUGGCCUGAACUCAUAAAUGGUCCUCCUGCCUCAGCCUCCUAAGUGAUGACAGAUAUGUGCUGCCAGGCUCAGCUGGGUCCCUGUGGGUAGGACAUCCACCUUUGUGGGGUGUGGUCCAGAUGCUGUGUUCCCUAGCCUGAUCCUCCCCCAGUUUCUUACAACUAAACUUUGCCCCCCAAUUUGCAUAGAGAUACCCCUCUCAGGACCCAGAGCCUCAGAUCUCUGCCCCUUUGCUGCACAGCCUUGUGGGCAGGGUCUGGCACCCCCACCCCACGGUUCACCUCUAGAUACAAUCCCUGUCUCCCAGGGGACAGUCCCUAAAGAAGGGACUUGAAGGACAGCUGGUAGAAAAGAAACUUCACAAUGGGAGGAAGGUGGCCAGACCCUGUCAGCAGGAAGCCUUCCCCAACCCCACCCCAGCUGAUGGGAGGGAAGGGCUCAACAGGAUAGAGUGCCCUUUGCCCAGCACCACCUAGGUCCUAUUAGACACAGGGCAGGGCCUCAGAAGUCACCGCCUGCUUUCAACUCCUACUCUGUGUGGUCUCUGGGGCAAGGAAGGGGCUCUGUGUCUCCGGCCUCAGUUUUCUCAUCUGUGAAGUAGGCACAUCUCUGCUGGCUGUGAUGAUAAAGGGGGGCUACUGAGUGGCCAGGCUCAGAAGCCGUUCCCUGUAUGUGCUGUUGCCUGGGUACUAUGUGAAGCGCCCACAGCAACACCUGGUAAAUGGGUCAGCUGGUCCUGUAUGGAAGGGCCAGCCCCACGCUGGGCGGACUCAUCUGUUUGACAACUUCAAAAAGCAGGUGCCAACGUGGCCGAUUCAGCAAUGAGGAAGCUGAGGCUCAGAGAGAUGAAGUCACUGACCCACAGUCACACAGCUGGGAGACAGAGGAACUCGCAGACCGGGUCUAUUUGAGAUUCAUUCCGCCUCCUCCCAAUCAGAAGAAGUGCCCAGAAACCUGGUGUGAGGGUUGCUGUGGACUCUCCACCCCCUCCUGGGUUCAUCCUGUCAGGGGUAUCCAGUCCUAGAGAGCAGCAGCCCGGGCGCCUGCCCAAAGGGCGGGGACACACGCAGGAGAACCGGCCGAGCGAGCGGGGCGCCACUGGGUUCCAGCCAGGCCUGCGCAGGGCCACGGGCAGGGAGCUGGGGCCACCGGGCCACCACCAGGACCGGGCCACCGAAGUCACGGCCCGCCAUGCAGAAGAACUACAAUGUGCACUUCACCAAGAAUGCCCGGAUCCCCAAUGAACGAUACUUUUUGGAUCCCGAGUUGGGGCACCAAAAAGGAUGCUGCCGUCAGUGGUACCAGGACCCAGUGGCCACUCACACCCAUGGGCCCUAUCAGCUGUCCCCCCAGGCUCACUGGCAGCAGACCUACCAUAGCCACCGAGGUGGCAGCGGCUGUCGCCGGUGUCCCCAGCCCCUCAUUCCGCAGCGACAGCGGCGGCAGCAGCAGCAGCAGCAGCAGCGACAACCCCCACCCCUACCUCCCAACCCUCUGCGGCAGCGGCUCUGUCCAGUUCGCGGGGCCCAGAAGGGGUCACCCGCGAUCGCCGCUGCACGCAUGGAACCAGCCAGCGCCCCCCAGCCAGUCACCUCCUCACCCACCGCAGUAUCAGCCACGGCCAGCAGCGGCCCAGCUCUGCCCUCUGCAGCCGGCGCCCUCCUGGAGCCCAGCGAGCCCACCGAGGCGCGGCCCCUGCCUGCACCCGCAGCCUGCGGCUCCUUCACCUCCUACGGCGCCGACAUCCUGACAGAGGAUGAUGUCUACUGCAGCUGUCUGGCUAAAACUCUGUGUCACGUGCCCGUCCCUGUGACGGUGGGUUUCUACGCUCCCUUCGGCUGCCGUCUUCACUUGAUGUUGGAUAAAAUCACUACACUGAUGCAGCAGGAGGCCGCGCAGCGUGAGAGCGAGGAGCUGCAGCGCGUGCAGUGGCAGCCACGGCGCGUGCGCGGCUGGGGCGUCCCGCAGCUGCUGUGGUACCUGGUGUUUCUGCAGCCGGUGAUCACGGAGCUGCACCUGCGGCGCAGGAACGUGCGCUUCCUGUUCAUCCGCUUCAGCGCCUGGCAGUAUGCGGGUACUGACAAGCUGUGGGCGGGGCUGGUGACCACGCUGUGCGAGGGCAUCCGCCACCACUACGGCGCGCUGCCCUUCAGCGUGUACUCGGUGCUGGGCAACAAGCCCUGUGGCCCGCGCGAUGGCCUCUGCCAACGCGAGUGGCACUGCCGACGUCGCGUGUGCCUGGCGCUGCUGGCGCUGCUGGCCGCGCUGUGCCUGGGUGUGGGGCUGCUGUACCUGUCGCUGGGAGGCCAUGCGCCGGGCCACGGAGAGCGUGGCGUGCUCAAAGCGCUGGGCGGCGCGGCCACCACUCUGUCCGGCUCUGGGCUGCUCAUGGCCGUGUACUCCGUGGGCAAGCAUCUGUUCGUGAGCCAGCGUAAGAAGAUUGAGCGCCUGGUGUCGCGUGAGAAGUUCGGCAGCCAGCUGGGCUUCAUGUGCGAGGUGAAGAAGGAGGUGGAACUGCUCACGGAUUUCCUGUGCUUCCUGGAGAUCUACCAGCGACGCCGGCUGCGCGUGGUCCUCGAGGUCACCGGGCUGGACACGUGCUACCCAGAGCGCGUGGUGGGCGUGCUAAACGCCAUCAACACUCUGCUGUCCGACAGCCACGCUCCCUUCAUUUUCAUCCUGGUGGUGGACCCCAGCAUCCUGGCCGCGUGCCUGGAGAGUGCGGGUAACAUGAAGGGCACAGCGGACAACGGUUACCUGUUCCUCAACCGCACGGUCACGCUACCCUUCUCCGUGCCGGUCAUGGGCCGUCGCACCAAGUUGCAGUUCCUGCACGAUGCGGUGCGUAGCCGGGACGAUCUGCUGUUCCGGGAGUUGACAAUCAAGCUGCAGCCGCAGAGCCCCGGGAACUUGGGCGCAGGCGAGGGUACUCAGCUGCUGGCGGUGGAGACGCAGGGGGACGCCGAGCGCACGCAGGGCCGCGUGGACGCGGAGGCGGCGCGGCGCAUCCAGGAGGCGCUAUGCUGCCUGCACGACGAGAGUGACUGCCUGUACGAGUACGUGCCCGACAACGUGGUGUCCAUGCGGCGCAUCGUCAACACGGUGCCCAUCACCGUGCGUCUGUUGCAGCAGCAGCAGCAGCAACAGCCGGACCGCGUGGGUCCCACACCGCGCCACGCGGUGGCCUGGGUUGUCCUCGCCAACCAGUGGCCUUGUCGCCUCAGCUGGGUGCUGCAAUGCCUGGAGGACCGGCAGCAGGCAGGGGGCGCACCAGAGGGGCGCGCACGUCUCUGGGACGUCUUCUGCGACAACAGUCGCGAGCUGCACACCAUGACCAAGGCCUUACAGAACGUACUGGACCUGGAUGGCGACCCCGAGCUUUUUGAGCGCUUUCUGGGCACUGAUUUCCCCUUCACCGUGGCCGAGGCGCAGAGUUUGCUGCGCUGCACAGUCAACCUGGACCAUUCCAUCCGCCGCCGCAUGGGCCUCAUUAGGGCGGUCAGCGCCCUCAAGCCGCCCAGCCCACCCAAGUCCCCAUCCCAGAAUGGUCCCCAGGUCAGUCCCAAAGCCAUUAUCGCCGCAGGCACGUCCCAAGCGGGCCAAGGAUCAGGACACAGUAGAGAGGCAUAUCAGACCCGGGACCGGACCCAUGGGGGCAAGCCAAGACCGAUGGUCUAAGUCCUUACAUUUCAGGACUGUAGAGGCUGCUUGUGUGCGGGAUGGAGAACACUGACCACAGGAGACAGCAACACCCCUCCUGACCUGAUGAGAGUGUGAGGGCAAGAGGGGCUCAAGACCAAUGGGGUAUGGGAUGGCCACACACCCUGAUGAUUUUGGAAGCCAAAGGGCAGCAGGUACUAAUAGCUUCCUGGAGGAGGCAGCUCCUACACCAGUGUCUGAGCGAGCGGAGGAGUCAAUGAGGAACACACAGUCAAAGAAGCAAUAAAGGAAGCUGUGGAAAGCCAGGGCUUCCUUUCAUGUCCUGGAUUUCUGGCUAGGUGAGAAUGCCGUCUGACCCACCUACUUCCUCCUCUGGGAGCCAGGCCUCUGGACUGGCAACUGAAGUUGGCAUCCCAGGUGGUAGGAGGCUUGCGAGGGCGGUGGGUGAG